CGAAGCGCGGAGAGGGAGGGCUGGCGCGCAUGCGCACCGCUCCACUCCAGCAUGGCUACGGUGCUGUCCCGGGCGCUGAAGCUGCCGGGAAAGAAAAGCCCAGAUCUUGGAGAGUACGAUCCUCUCACUCAGGCCGAUAGUGAUGAAAGUGAAGAUGACCUCGUACUCAACGUACAGAAAAAUGGGGGUGUCAAGAAUGGGAAGAGCCCCCCUGAGGAAGCGCAGGAUCCCGACUCUGAUGUGGAAGUUGGGAUGACGAAGCAGCACGCAUCAGAAUGCGCACCCGAGGGUUAUCCUGCAGAGGCAGCUGGGGGCUUGGAACAGAAGGCUGCUCCAUCCCUCAUGCCAUACCUGCGCACAGCAGUCUUUUUGCUCACCGUGGUGAUCUCGAUGAUUCUUGUGUUGGUGUGUGCGUUUCUCAUUCCCUGUCCCCCUAGGGACUUGCAUAACACCUGGAACCACAACCUAGGUCAGGGAGCAGGUGGUGUGUUAUCCCCACUGGAGCUUUGUGAUGUGAAUGGUGAUGGGCUCCCUGACAUCCUCAUCGUUUUCACAGCCCUGAUGAACGCCAGUGUCAUGGGUGUCUCUACGCCCUCUGUGACUGUGGUGGCCCUUUCUGGUAUGAAUGGCAGCACCUUAUGGUCCAUCCAGCUUCCAGAAGAGACUCGGAGUGUGCAGUGCAAAGGGCUGUCACUGGGGUCACCAGCAGAGCCCGUUUGCCUUGUGACAGGAACAGCUAAAUUCCUCAGCCUUCUUAGUGCCUCCACAGGCAAGACCAUCUGGACACUGAACUCCAUUCACCUUUCAGAUGGGAUCUUGGCUGCACCAGCUGCAACUCUUCCAGAUGUAGAUGGAGAUGGGAUUAGGGAUAUUGUUGUUCUGGCCCUCAAAGAAACACAGCCUGAUGUGUUUUUCGUCUUGGUGUCAGGAAAGACUGGGGUUGCUUUGGGCGGGCCUGUGAAGUACAACGUCAUUGGAGAAGGGAAAGUAAUUGGCCCUCAAGUUCAUAUCACCAGCCGGGGAGCCAUCUACAUCCUGUUUGGUUUUGGUAAUGUUCAAGCAGUUGCCCUGAGGGAUAUCUUUACCCAAGCCAGAAACCGGGACAGCUUUCCUAUGAUGUUGCAUCAGGAGGAGCCAGAGUGGGAAAAGCGCAGAUCUGUAAACCUGUCAGAGCUCAUUGACAUUUACAGUGGGGGUGUUGACUUCCUGCAGACGAUAAAGGCACCUGACACAAACUGCAGCAAUCUGCUCAUCACCACCAAAGAUGGCUUGAUUCUACUGCAGGGACAGGACCUGGAGCCCCACUGGACAUUGGAAAUUCAGAACAUCAGCAGCCAGCCAAUACUGGGGUACUUCAGUGCUGAUCAAACCCUGGACUUCAUGCUGCAAGCACAGACCGGAAAUGGGAAGAAAAAGGUGGUGGUGGUAGAUGGCAAAUCUGGCCUCCCUGUUUGGAAGCAGGAACUCCCAUGGCAGAAACAGCAACUUGAUGCUCUGUCAAUCAUGACUUUGGACAAGAAGUCUGUUUUUCUCUUCUGGGCUGAUGAAGCACAGCCUGUGCUACAGAGUUUGCAUCCUGGUCCCAGAUCUGAGCGCCCGGCGCUGCACCACCUUUAUCUUCUCCAUCCUGUUUUCCCUACAGUCCUUUUGGACCUCACCAAUGCAACAGACAAAGUCAUUGCUUCAGCAGUCGGAAUUAAUGAUCUCCAAAAGGAUGCAUUUCACAUCACUGUGACAACAACUGCAACCUCUGAAAAACAGCCAGGAUUUCUCUCAGUCAGCAAGUUGGGCUUGAAAUGGGCCAUGAUGACACAGGGUCGAAUGGUGUGGCUAAAGGACACCACCACUCCCAAAAUCAGCCGUGGAGAAGUGAGGCGAUUUCUUGCUCGGCUGAAAUUUGUUGACUUUCCUCACAAGCUCUAGCCUGAGAUUUUGACAGGACCUGUGACCUGCAUGGGGAAUAGAGGAAGCUGCUCAGGGGACCUUCAGGAAAACUGCUGUGUAGAGGGAGUGGGAACUAAAGGCACUUCCCCUUUCUUCAGCUAUCUGGGGAAUAUUGCUGGAAGCGGGUUUGUCCUUGGCAGAUCUGUCCUGUAUCAGAUGAACCUUGUUCAGCAUCUCCCCAUCCAUAUGCUGUUCUUGCAUGCUUCCUUCCAGGUAACAUGGAAAUGUGAAUUUAGAGCUUGCGUGCACACGCACACACACACACGAGUUAUAUAUAUGUAUCAAUUUAUAGAGUAUAUGUAUAUUUUUUAUAUGUUUAAUUUAUGAACAGAUUUAGGACACUCCUUUUUAUGUCCAAACAGUAUUCCAGGCAGACAAACAAGCUCAAAGCCUAUGGUGGUCUAUGAUAACUACAGGCAAAUUAUGUGGGUAAAGAACACCAUCUGCUUUAUUAUUCAUAUUUUUGGAAAGUAGCCUCUGUCUGGCUUCUGCAGGGCAAGUCUUGUCUACAGCCUUUCUUAUUCUCUCAGCCCUUUUCACCAUCCUGUUGCCAAACUCACAAACAAACUGGCUCUCUUGCUGAAUUACCUGAUAGAAAGAUGGCUGCAAGAACAUUUUUCAGCAUUUGCACUUGCGUGUUUCUUUUCCCAGAUCCAAGAAGCAAAAGCUUCACAUUUCAUUUCUACCUCUUAUUCAUCCAUCCUUAAGCUCUGUAUAAACCUGAAGUGUCAUUGUUGCACCAUGUUGCAGUUCGUUGGACUGAGUUCCCCUUUGAAAAGCAUUGCAGCCCCUUUGGGAGAGGCUGUCAGCAGGUCCCUAGUGGCACUGUAAAGAUCGCUGGACUAUAGAUACACUUACAGAAAAGCUUAUUCUCACACAACUGCUUCAGGGUUUAGGGGCUCAAACAAGAGGUAGAGAUGGAAGCUUUUCUGUGCAUGUGACCCUGUUCUGGUUUUGACCGUUGGCCUGCCAGCCCAGCAGUUCCAGGAGGAAUAGGCUGCCCCCAAGGCAAAUUUAUUUGCUCUUGGUGCAUUUAGUUCCUUGAAUCAUGCCUGUGAGCGUGCUGUCAGACUCCUGUGUUGUAGUUGCAGAGCAUGAAGUUGCCUGCAAUAAAGUAACUACAUAUAAACCAACAACUUUUCUGCCCUAGCAACUCCUCACAAUGCAGGGCAGCAACAUGUUACUUGUUUUCCCAGAUCUGAUCUUCGGCAUUAUGCAGAGCCAGGCUGAGGUGAGAAUUGCAGAUGUCUCUUUGGUCCUCCUGCUAACAUGUGCUCUUCCUGUUUUGCUGCAUUUCCCUCCGAGUAGCAAGGUGAUGGCAGCAUUUUGAUGCUUACAUCAAGGAUGGACACAUGGGUUUGCUCCCCUGGGCUCUUGACACCUCGUCUUGCUACAUCACCCUUUCUUCUUCCUCCUUGCAUCUCCAUAUAAAGCUUCCAGGACAGCUUUCAGUGUAGCUCUUCAGGAUUAGCUGCAAGCCCCAAAGCUGGCCUUUGGACCCUUCUCUCCUAAUAUCAGAGCUGAGAACAGUUUGUAUAUGUUUAAUGGUAUUUUUGUGUAAAUAGCUUUGUAUAUAUUAGCACGACUCUAUAUAUUAGCAACAACUCUAGGCCCUGGGAUUUUCCUCCAGACGCGUUAGUAUUUAUAAUAUUAUGUUAGUUAAUACAGCUGUAUAAUAGGAACUGAAAGUGUGAGGACCAGUAGUAUAAGAAGAUUAAACAGGAGUGCACCUUUCCUCCUGUAGCCACCACCUUGCUGGGAAAGGUGAGGCAUUUAUUACCUGAAGUAGUUAUUCUCCUGAGGUUCUUCCUGGGAGAACUAAUAUUUGAGUGCAGUGACAUUAGCUCCUCCAUAAUGUGAAUUCAUUCCACCCGCACACACACGCCCCCAGUGUGAAUAAAGAGUCUGUCUGUAUAUUGUUGAGAAAAUGUAUUUGAACUGUGAACUGCAGUGGAGCAAAUAAAUACUGUGUACAGCA